AUGAAUAAAACAUCAACGUUGCUGCAGUUUCCUCUCUACCAGCUUCUUAAGAAUGUUAGGAAGCCUUCUUGGAAAACUUUCUGCUGGAAAUCUAGCAGUGGGUUUACUUUUCCAUACGGCCAGCGAGUUAAUUCACCACAAUCCUUUUGUUCAUGGAGGAGGAUGUUUUCAAAGGAGUUGAAAUCUGGGCUGGGGUGUCCAGCAGCAGCAGAACAGCAAACACCUGAGCUCUCUGACAAGGAGCAAAGACUUCUAAACAAACUGUACACUGGACUGAUCCAAGGACACAGGGCCUGUCUGGCAGAAGCCAUUACUCUCAUAGAGUCAACACAUAAGAGGAAAAAGGAAAUUGCCCAAGUUCUCCUUCAGAAGGUAUUAUCCCACCACCGCGAACAAGAACGGUUAAAUAAAGGAAAGCCACUAGCCUUUAGAGUGGGAUUAUCUGGCCCUCCUGGUGCUGGUAAAUCAACAUUCAUUGAAUGUUUUGGGAAAAUGCUGACUGAAAGAAGACACAAAGUAUCUGUCCUGGCAGUAGAUCCUUCCUCUAGUACUACCGGUGGCUCACUCUUGGGUGAUAAAACACGAAUGCCUGAGUUGUCAAGAGACCUGAAUGCUUAUAUCAGACCAUCUCCAACCAGAGGAACAUUGGGUGGCGUAACGCGGACUACAAAUGAAGCCAUUUUGCUGUGUGAAGGAGGAGGUUAUGAUAUUGUUCUUGUCGAAACAGUAGGAGUAGGUCAGUCAGAGUUUGCAGUUGCUGAUAUGGUGGAUAUGUUUGUAUUGCUGCUGCCACCAGCAGGAGGUGAUGAGUUACAGGGUAUUAAACGAGGUAUUAUUGAGAUGGCAGAUCUUGUUGUUAUAACCAAAGCAGAUGGAGACCUCAUUGUGCCAGCACGGAGGAUUCAAGCAGAAUACGUCAGUGCUUUAAAAUUGCUUCAUAAGCGCUCAAAAGUUUGGAGACCAAAGGUAAUGCGCAUCUCUGCCAAAACUGGAGAAGGCAUUUCGGAUGUAUGGGAUAAGAUGACAGAAUUCCAAGAGCUCAUGCUUACAAGUGGUGAGUUGCUUGCCAAACGCAGGAGGCAGCAAAAAGUGUGGAUGUGGAAUGUAAUCCAAGAAAGCAUGCUGGACCAUUUCCGCCAUCACUCAGAAGUGAAGGAUCAAAUUCCUCUCCUAGAAGACAAGGUUGUUGAUGGGAUCCUAUCUCCUGGGCUAGCUGCAGACCUACUGCUCAGGGCUUUUAAAGAGAAAUCCUGAUUCUUUUCUGUAUAUGACAUGAUGAUAUGAAAUGAUAAAUGUAUAGCAUUUUUAAAAAAAAUUCUGAACCAUGAACUUCUUUAUUAUCAAAUUUGUACCUGUACAUUUCCAGCAAUGCCUGCCUUGAUUUGCAACAAUAAUUAACAA